AUGUUGAGCCGAGACGAGGAAGGAGGAGAGGGAGGUACCAGGAGGAGAGGGAGGUACCAGGAGGAGAGGGAGGUACCAGGAGGAGAGGGAGGCAUCAGGAAGAGAGAGAGGUACCAGGAGGAGAAGGAAGUACCAGGAGGAGAGGGAGGCACCAGGAAGAGAGAGAGGUACCAGGAGGAGAGGGAAGUACCAGGAGGAGAGGGAGGCACCAGGAAGAGAGAGAGGUACCAGGAGGAGAGGGAAGUACCAGGAGGAGAGGGAGGUACCAGGAGGAGAGGGAGGUGCCAGGGGGAGAGGGAGGUACCAGGGGGAGAGGGAGGUACCAGGACGAGAGGGAGGUACCAGGGGGAGAGGGAGGUACCAGGGGGAGAGGGAGGUACCAGGGGGAGAGGGAGGUACCAGGAGGAGAGGGAGGUACCAGGAGAGGAGGGAGGUACCAGGAGGAGAGGGAGGUACCAGGAGAGGAGGGAGGUACCAGGAGGAGAGGGUGGUACCAGGAGGAGAGGGAAGUACCAGGAGGAGAGGGAGGUACCAGGGGGAGAGGGAGGUACCAGGAAGAGAGAGAGGUACCAGGAGGAGAAGGAAGUACCAGGAGGAGAGGGAAGUACCAGGAGGAGAGGAAAGUACCAGGAGGAGAGGGAAGUACCAGGAGGAGAGGGAAGUACCAGGAGGAGAGGGAGGUACCAGGGGGAGAGGGAGGUACCAGGAAGAGAGAGAGGUACCAGGAGGAGAAGGAAGUACCAGGAGGAGAGGGAGGCACCAGGAAGAGAGAGAGGUACCAGGAGGAGAAGGAAGUACCAGGAGGAGAGGGAGGCACCAGGAAGAGAGAGGUACCAGGAGGAGAGGGAAGUACCAGGAGGAGAGGGAGGUACCAGGAGGAGAGGGAGGUACCAGGGGGAGAGGGAGGUACCAGGGGGAGAGGGAGGUACCAGGAGGAGAGGGAGGUACCAGGGGGAGAGGGAGGUACCAGGGGGAGAGGGAGGUACCAGGGGGAGAGGGAGGUACCAGGAGGAGAGGGAGGUACCAGGAGAGGAGGGAGGUACCAGGAGGAGAGGGAGGUACCAGGAGAGGAGGGAGGUACCAGGAGGAGAGGGAGGUACCAGGGGGAGAGGGAGGUACCAGGAGGAGUGGGAGGUACCAGGAGAGGAGGGAGGUAACAGGAGGAGAGGGAGGUACCAGGAGAGGAGGGAGGUACCAGGAGGAGAGGGAGGUACCAGGAGAGGAGGGAGGUACCAGGAGGAGAGGGAGGUACCAGGAGAGGAGGGAGGUAACAGGAGGAGAGGGAGGUCUGUACCAGGAGGAGAGGGAGGCGAGAGGGAGGCGACACGGUGGCUGAGUGGUUAG